UAUACAAACAUAUUUUUCAAUAUAUGUACAUAAAUUUAAACAUGAAUAUUUCCGAGCUGGAUUAUUAUGCUAUUUUGGAUGUGAAAAGAAAUGCCAAUAAGGAGGAAAUAACACUAGCAUAUAGACGAUUGGCUGUUCGUCUAUGUCCUUUUCGAGAUCCAAAACAUCAAAGAGAUUUUGUGCCAUUAUCACACGAAUCUCAAUUGACGCAUAUGUCACCCCUGCCUCUAAAUCGCCAAUGGAACUAUAUAAAUAUGGCAUUUGAUGUUUUAGGAAAUGAUUUAUAUCGUGCAAUAUACGAUCGUUACGGUGAGGCGGGUCUUUUUCAAGGUAUCCAUUUGCCCAAUGGUUAUUUUCCACCCUAUCAAUAUCACGGCAAUCACAUGAAGGUUUAUCACGGCGUGUUUGGAUCAUAUUCCCCCUAUGCAAAUGUAAUUGAUGCUUUAACAGCACCACCACCUUUGUGCUCUAAUAAAGGCUCUGGAAUUGGUGUACGAAUUAAAGAUAAAGCAGUGGAAAAAGUUGUAGAAUUGACUUUAGAGGAAGUUUACAACGGAUGUUUAAAAAUUAUGCAGGUUUGGCGACAGGAAUUCACUGAUAAAGAAGAAACCCGCACAGAGAAAAGAAAAAAGAUCUUGACACUUAAUAUAGAACCCGGUGUAACUGCCGGUACACGCUACUGCUUUAAAGAAGAGGGUGAUCGCUCUCCCACUACAAUACCGGCCGAUAUAAUAUUUAUUGUAGUUGACAAACCGCAUAAUACAUUUAGAAGGGAUGGUUUCCACAAUCUGGUGUAUACUUUAAAAAUUGAUUUGUGUCAAGCUCUUACAGGUUUCCAAUUCGUUAUCAACAGUUUAGAUAAGAGGCAAUUAAAAGUAUGUGUCAAUGAUGUUGUAAAACCCGGGUAUACGAAAGUCUUACCUUGUGAGGGUCUACCCAAAUGUAAACCCAAAGAUGCGUCAUUGGCUUUAAAACCUAAAGGAUUUCAAAGCAAAGAAUAUGGCGAUCUAAUUAUUGAAUUUAAAACCACUUUUCCGGACUAUUUCAAUAAGGAAAUGAAAAGAUGUGUACGAAAUUUGUUUGCUGAUUUGGAAGCCAUGAAAAAAGUCGAGACCGAUAAGAAAAUUCCUCCAAAUUAAAAUUGUAUUGUAUUGAUUUAUUGAGUACAACAAUUAAUUGCCAUUAAUAAGGGUCCAUACAUUUUCAUAAAUAUAAUUUUGACACUGAAAUUAAAAGUUAUUGAUUAAAAUAAUUAUUUACUUCUUGCGAUU